GGAAGAUGCAAGGAGCCGCUUUAUUCAGUUUCAAAGUUCGGCUGCGGCAAUUGGAGUUGCGGGUCAGUUCAUUUUGGCUGUAUCGCUCGUUCUUUUCGAAGCCAGGCAAGUAAAAGACGAGCGUGAGAGGUAUCAGCCUCACGUUGGCGAGGAUGAUCAUAUUCAUAAUCAUGCUCUACUUUUGGAGAAGGACGAGUAUCUUGAUGCAGAAGAAGCUUGGAUCCACAACGAAAUCAGGAGCAGACGCCGCGCCCGUCCCGCUCUCGAUGAUAUAUCUAUGCCGUGUCCUCUUCCCCCUCGCCAUGUGUUAGCGCGCCGUCCUGCUAGACGCCGCAGCCGAAGACGAGUCUAUUUUAGAACAGCGGCAAGUCUUCUACUGAAAAAUCAGGAACAGGACGAUCACUUACAGUUGCAGCAGGACCACGAAAAUCUUUCAUCAAGUUCAGAAAUCUCUUCCGAGGAUGCCUUAUCAUGGGCAGGAGAAAGCGAUCAUAGAGUAGAUGAAAAAGAGCGACGUCAGACUUAUUUGACUGCAAACGAAAUGCGACGACAGGAGAGGCUGCUGCGAUGUGGGCUUGGCAGUCGCAGCUGCCCGCUCUGUGGAGGACUGGCCGCGCCACAGAGAUCCAAGGACGAAGAUGACGUGGUCAGCGCUUUGGUAACCGCGUCCGCCGAGAGUGCACAGGUGCAGCGCCGCUUUACUCGACAAAGACUCCCACAGCUUGAACGAUGUAGCAUGUCAGAGUUCUUCCUCGCGGAUCAUAAGCUUGCUCAAGUAGAAGGAGAACCCUCACAGGACGUCCUACAAGAAGACCCCCCUAGAGGCGAGAGCAACGAGGACGGCGAAACGGAUGAAGCGCGAGAAGCAGACGAAGAUGACGAGAGAGCUCCGGAAAGAUUGGCGGACAUGGUGCUUGCUUUGGUUGUCUUCGCGCCUGGACUUUUGUUUCAGGACCGAGAGGUGCAGGAGGUAAUCGAGGAAAUUAUAGAGCGGCGCUCUUCGCUGGUCGUGCGCUCGUUUCCCUCUAGACCCCAGGUCGGCCAUAGCAAUGAUGUGAGCCGCUUAGAUAGGGACCCAGAAACAGGAGUGCGAAUAAGAAUAGCAUAUAGUCUAGAUGUUGACUUCAUCCGCAACUUUGAGACAGGUGAGGUGGACUGUCCUUUGCAUGAUAAUCAGGCAGGUCGAGAACACUGGGCGACGAUAGUUGCAGACCUCGAGCGCCAUUUGCCUGAGCGCAUUCUUGAAGCACUACAGCGAUUGCGGGGUGUCGGUGGUGGAGGUCUUCUGGCGUGGUCUGGACGACCUCCGUUGGCAUCUCACGACCCCGAGGGGCGCGACGUCGCUUCUGCAGGAGAAGUCUCGGCAACUUCAUUUGCCAAAGAACUAAGCGGACAAGAAAGCUGUCGCCGACAACAAGAGGUGGGCGUGGGGGGAGAACCACUAGGACCAAACAAUGGAGGCGGAGCCGGCGCUGGCCGUGGCCGUGGCCAUGGCCCUACAUCUUCUGGCGGAGCAACAUCUUCACGCGAGUGGGCGCGCGUCAACUUGGGACAAGUGCUUUUUCGGGAAGUGCCAAGUCUGCGGCGUGCGAUGACCGGCUGGGCACUAGAGCAAAACAACAGCGAGGGAAAUCUUCCUGACCGUGUCUUCGAACUGCUCGCCAAGACUACAGCACCUCGCAGCGCUCUUGUACGGUAUAAUGAUGGAGGAGCAGCAAGCAGGAGCCCUAAUAAAGGUUCUACUGAGGCAGCGCUUGCGGACCACCAGGAUGCGGCGGAUUCUGCGAGUCGCAUUGCGUUUCCGGAAUUGGUUCUUACGCUUGUCACACGGAUCCGUACAGACACCUCACAAAAGCUGACUAUAGUACAAGGGAAAAGGGGUCGCUAUAUGGACCGUCGCGCACGCAGCAUCUCCAGCGCGCCCUCCGGUGGGGGUCAAGAAGCACGAGAAAGGGCUAGCUCGUUGGCCGCUGGAUCUCAAGAAGCACGAGAAGCCAGCACGCCGCGUUCGACAGACUCGUCGGACGAUGAGGAGAGCGGCGACAGCGACUGGGAAGAUAAUCGCUUCCCGUCGUGUUCGAGGAAUGAUCAACUAGACCCAGAUGCGAAGAAAAUUAUGGGAGCUGCAGAAAUUCUGCUGGAGGCAGCGCUGGGCCAUUUUUGGUGGAAAGCAGAGAGAAAGCCCGAGCCCCUGUCGCUGUCAGCAGGAACUAGUCCGCCCUCUUCUAGUACUGCAAGAGGCCCGUCCUGGGCGCUUGAGCUUCGUGCUGAAUAUUUGGAAGCCCAGCGACUCCACCGGCAACUCGCAUACUACUGAUUUUUCUAGAUUUAGGCUUAAGCGACAGGAUAUUUGUCAACGUUACCCUCUGCGACUUCAGUUGUUCUGACGCUAUAGACGACGUUGUAGAAAGACCUGGGAACUUACCUGUCUUCCUUGCGGAGUGGAAAAAAGGAUCGACAUAGACUAGACUAGAGUGCUGCACCCUCCCGCGUAAGAGGAGGGAAAUGAGUUCGAAAUACUGGGGCAUCCCUACUUUGGGUGACUUGUAUGACAGAUGCAAUAGUCAUUCAUAAAAGCUUGUAAGAUAUAGAUACAUAGAUAAGGCGAAGUAAAAGUCGUGUCAGAAACAUAAGCAUACAUAGAGGCUCGUGUGAGGCUUAGUCUAAACACACGCAAACCGACUUCAUACACAAAGAUACUGAGACUGGCCUGUAGCUGCUUCUGCUCUAGACAAGCUAUAGCAGCGCAGGCUAUCUCGCAGUCCUCGGUAUACUUCGUCGGCAGGAAGAGUAGCACGGAAGCUACUGUCUAAGUUGGUACUGAAAGGCGUGGGAAAAGUAGGCUAGACGAUAUGUAAGGUUUUUCCAAGAUCUCCAAAGAUGGUUCCUUGAUAAGGGAGGUGAGAAAAAAGGACCUAGGGGUAGAGAGUAGUGCAUAAUUGAGCAGAGGAAGUAUGCAAAACAACAAGUGCAUGGGCUAAAAAAGGAAGAAGGUAAAACAGGGGAGAAAGACGCCGUUAGGCGAGAAAAGGCGAG